AGUUUUGACAAUUACACUGUCAGUGCCAGUCUGUCAGUUUCUACAUUCAUUUUCAAAAUGAAGUAGUCGUAACCUAGAAGCUGAAUAAAUUAUCAGUUACCAGUUAUGUUGAGAAAUAUUUUGCGUACCAGUCGGUGUCUGGCACGAAGACAAAUCAAUAGACCUGCUGCCAUCGCUAUAUACAAGAAACCAAUAAGGAAUAUAUUUAAAUCAUAUGUUACUACAAGUCGGCAGUUUAGUGCAAGUUCUCAAGAUAUUUCGACUAAUUUAGAUCCACUUGUUUACGAUAAAAUUUGUACUGAAACAUUAGAAUCUCUGUAUGAAUACUUCGAAGAGUUAAUCGAUCAAUCUCCGAAUUUGAAAGGCGCUGAUAUAACUUUUAGUGAUGGUGUAUUAACAAUAGCCUUAGGAUCAAAUUAUGGGACAUAUGUUAUAAAUCGGCAAUCACCAAACAGACAAAUCUGGCUGAGUUCACCGACAUCUGGACCUAAACGAUAUGAUUUAAUAUUGGAAAAUGGUGGCUAUUGGAUAUACAAACACGACGGAAAAACUUUACACCAUCUGUUACAGAAUGAAAUAUCGAAAAUUGUAAAUGAUGCUGAUUUCGGGAAGUGCAGUCAUGCAUUAUUAUAAAUAAAUUGUUAAUAGUUGUUCAAUAUACUUAGGUUUUAUUAUUUUA